AUUGAUUGUUGCCGCCGCCGCAUUGUUAUUUCCAGAGAAAUGUUGCUCUCCCAGCUCGAAGCCUCUUAGCUCGAAGCCCCCUAGCUCGAAGUCGCCACUUAGCGUGGUAGUAACGAACAGCGUAGGUGUCGGUGGCGUCUGCGGUGUCGGCGGCUCGGGCGGCGUCAGCGGCGUCGGCGGCGCCGCGGGCAGCGUCGGCGACAUUUGCGGCAAAUGCGACACCCGUUCAGGUUGCAAUGUCAUUUCGCGCGGCGCGCCCGCAACCCCAGGUUCGCCAGCAGCGGCGCGGAGCAGGAGGUCCGAGCUCCGCCGCGGAGAAGCCCCCAUGCUGCCACCUGCGCGGAGACUCUCCCCGCCUGCGUGGAUACUCUCGCCGCCGCCUGUGGGGAAACUUUCCGCGGAAAGGAGCUGCAUUUGCGCAAAGCGUGCAGCUUCGGCGGACCGUUCGAGGAGCUCCGGCGGAAGCCCGCCGAGAGCGCUUGUGCGCGCAGCCGCGUCUCCGGCGCAUCCCAAAAUUCCAGGAUCAGAAAUACGGAGUAGGUAUACAGUAGGUAUGGCAUAGGUACGUCUGCUACGGAGUAGCCUUGCUAUACGAACAACUAUACCUACAAUAUAGGAGAGGUCCACAUUUUUGUGAUGCGGUCCCCUCGUCGCCGCCUUGCGCCAAGGUUUCCGGAUUAAAGUCUCCGCCGCUUUCACUUUGAACGUGAAAGCCCUGAAGGCCUUGCGUUUCGAUCUGAUGCAUCCACGCGUCAACCGCCGUCUGCUGCCGGUGCAUCAUCGCCGAGAGUGUCGCCGUGAUGUGCGGCGACUGACGAACGCUGCUUUCGCCGACGAUUGGCGUGUCGCAAAAGAUCUGAUUUUGUGACGCAGCAGCAGCAUUGCCGAUGCGGUGACUGUUGGGGGGCAUUUCGCGCGGAACGCGCCACUGACAACUCGGCUGCUGCGUCAUCAAGACGAUUCGGAGAUGUCCAGCAGCUAGCUACUUAUGUUAUUUCCGAGUCGAAACCUUGAAUUUCAGAGCCUGAAAGAUCGGAGCCGUUCAGCACUACCAGCUUAGCCUAGCAGUACUACUGCUACUACCACGAAGAAUGCCCCAUUGCCUCCCUCAAUGUGUACUGGCUGCUAUGAGAGUCCCCUCAAGACCUCGGCAUUCCUGGUACUGUACGACUCUGCUGGUGAGAAACGGACAGCGGCUGUGACGUUCAGAGUCACGUGCUCGGAGACUGAGGGAGAAAAAGGCCGGCCCGGCGAAGCGCAGUGGACAGGAAACUGAAGAGUGAGCUGGUCGAAUCCAGCGAAUCCCACGCCAGCCGUGUAAGCAACUUGGGUACACGGAGCCCACCAGAAAUCUGAACUGGCUUGAGGUCCCGACAAUCUGUUCAGUUACUUGUGGUAUACAGUGUACACAUCAUCUUGCUUUGGAGAACCACUUUUGCAGAGAAUGUUGACAAGUUCUAUUGUAUUUCCGUGAAAUUCUUAGUGCUCCUGAAACACUCGCCAUUCAAAGCAGGAAGAGGUGUAUUACAACUCUAGCUUGGGAUUGGGACACAAGCAAGCACCGCCAUUAGCGAGCAGUACGUCAUAGCCGUUGCGGAUGAGCAGUGAAGAUGGAGCAGAUUUUUUAGUCUGGAUCGUGGAAGAUGCUCUAGUGCUCCCUCUUUCAGCCCAAGCACCGAGCAUGCUCUA